AUGGCUGUCUUCGCUACGUGUUUGGGAUAUCUGAGCAUGGUAGCUCUUCUGACGGGAGCAAUGGGUGCUAAAGUAGAGGGCGGCGCGGGAGUUAAGAGAGGGGAACAAGAGGUCCUAGGUGGUGGAAUUGAUAUUGAGAGGUACAAAGCUGCAUGCCCCGAGUACGAGCAUUAUGCCAUGACGCCACAUCGACCACUGAGCAAAGGACCGCAAGCUCUUCCCUACCAACGACCAUCACCACAUUGCCGUACCUUCUCUUCCCCUCUAGUCGAGCAAAUCAUCGAGGAAGUGACAUCAAAAAUGAUAGACAAGGACCUGGCACGGAUUUUUGAGAACGCUUUCCCAAACACCUUGGAUACAACGGUCAGAUGGCACGUUGACAGCACUUCACGACUGGCGAAGAACCGGUACCCGGAUGGGGCUUGGGAAGGCCCGCAAAGCUUCAUUGUGACCGGAGACAUCAACGCAGAAUGGCUGAGAGAUUCUACGAAUCAAUUGGCGCAGUAUCAGACUCUGGCCAAGAAAGACAAGCGCAUUGAGAUCCUUAUCCUAGGCGCAAUCAACACCCAAGCUGAGUUUGUCAUUGAGUCACCAUAUUGCAACGCUUUCCAGCCACCGCCCCCAAGUGGAGAACCUGUUCCAGGAAACGGUCAAGACGACUUCGUGCAUCCUGUAUAUGAGCCUUCCCGGGUAUUCGAAUGUAAGUAUGAAUUGGACUCGCUAGCGCACUUCCUGGCCCUUGGGAACAGGUUCCACAAUAACACGGGCUCCACAGCUUACUUGACGCCACGCUACUAUACGGCGAUUGACACCAUUCUUGAGGUUUUGGAGCAACAGUCUAAACCGACGUUCGACCCUAAAACUGGUAGGUUUCUGAGGAACGAGUACACGUUCCGGCGAAAGACUACAGCUGGAACGGAGACUCUAAGCCUUGGUGGCAUUGGGAACCCAUUAGCUGCUGGCACAGGCUUGAUUCGUAGCGCUUUCAGGCCGAGUGAUGAUGCAACCACUUUUGGCUUCUUCAUCCCAUCAAAUGCGCAGAUGUCGGUCGAGCUGAAACGAACAGCAGAGACCUUAAAAGGUGUUGGAAAGGAUGCACUAGCAGAGAAGCUCCGGGAACGCGGCGAGAGAAUCGAAAAGGGAAUAUGGGAGAACGGCGUCGUCAUUCACAAGAAUUAUGGCAAGGUUUUUGCGUUUGAAGUUGACGGUUAUGGCUCGUCUAUCAUUAUGGAUGAUGCCAACAUGCCGUCACUUCUCGCACUGCCGGCUUUGGGGUUCCUGGAUCGAAAUGAUGAGAUUUAUCAGAACACGAGAAAAAUGAUUCUCGAACGCCACGGCAAUCCAUACUUCCUUGAAGGUAAAGGGUUUUCAGGGAUUGGCGGUCCUCAUGUUGGUCCUGUGCAUGCAUGGCCUUUGAGUCGACUUGUCGAGGUAAUGACGAGCGACAAUGACACCGAAAUCACUGCAUCACUCGAAGCUGUACGAGACGUUAGCCGAUUGGGCUUGGUGAACGAGGCUGUCAAUGUUCAGAGGCCUACGGAUUACACGAGUAAGUUCUGA